AUGCCAGCUGCCUCCCGCUACACCCCGAUGCGUGUGGAUAAGAUGAUCCUAUCAUGCUCCCCGGAUGAUGAUGAACAAAAUUGCCGUGCCAUCAUGACUUACAAUUGCCCAGCUGCUAUGGCCUACUGCUGCCCUGGGUCCAGCAAGGAGUGGACCUGUAUUGUGGAUACCAAUGUCAGUUUACAGUACAAGAAUUGUUUAUAUUCUAAAGAACAUCAACUCUUGUUUGCCCUCACCUGCUCUUAUGACUUGGUGUCUUGGGACCUUAGGGACCCUCUGUCCCCGAGUCUCGUUGACUGCCGGAAAAUUGAUUUUCCGGAGGAAAAUAAGGCGUGGCAUCCCAAAGACCUGACGUGUGAGACCGGGGAGCAUCUGGUGGCUGCUGGGAAGGAUCUCCUCAUGGUGACUCAGUAUGUGCUGAUGAGCGUUCUCCCCGACGGUUUGUAUAUUGACGCGAACAACGAUCCCACAGGCUCUAUCUACGAACAAGGCUUUCCGUAUGUGACUAUUGAUUUUGAUGUUGAGAGAUAUGAUCCUGCGACUGCGGGUGUUAAGUGUGUGGAGGAUUCGUUUAUGGGUAGGUGGGCUGUGUUUGUUGGGUACUACAGCGAUGCAGUUGCUUUGCCAGUGGCCCAUUACCUGGAGGUUGUCAAGCCCGGAUCCAUUUACUUCACUGAUGUUUUGAGGCCUUGGAUUGGAUUUGGCGACUAUCCAUGUGGAGGCCAUGACGUUGGCAUUUUCGAUUAUUGGAAGCAAGACGGUGUCUUCGUGCUACUAUCCAUGUGA